GCUAUUUGGAAAAGAGGAAAGAAUGUGGAGUUUAUAGUUAAAAAAAUGCAACAGGCUAUUAUUAAUAUAGAGUUGUGGGCAAGGCAAUGGGGAUUCAAAUUCUCAGUGGACAAAACGAAGGUAAUUAUAUUUUCAAAAAAACAAAAAACAAAUAAGAUAAUAGAAUUAAAAUUAUAUAAUCAAAAAAUCGAACAGGUAAAGAGUAUAAAAUUCUUAGGUUUGUGGUUUGAUGAAAAAUUAAAGUGGAAUAUUCACAUCCAAAAGAUUGUCGAUAAAUGUAAGAGAAAGUUGAAUAUAUUAAGAUGUUUGGUGGGUAAUGAUUGGGGAGCAGAGAGACAAUCGUUACAGCAGAUAUAUAUGGGGAUAAUUAGAUCUGACAUUGAUUAUGGAUGCUUAGUGUACAGUUCAGCAGCCAAAACUCAUUUGGAUAAAUUAGACAGUAUUCAACAUCAAGCACUAAGAUUAUGUACUGGAGCAUUCAAAACAACACCAACGGCAGCAUUAGAAGUAGAAACGGGGGAAAUGCCACUAGAUUUAAGGAGGACUAAAUUAGGAAUUAAUUACUGGUUAAAUUUGAUGGGCAAUAAGGAAGGACAUCCAACUCAGGAAAUUCUAAAACCAUGUUGGGAAAAAGAAAAGAAAGAGAUGAGAAGUUAUGGAUGGAAAAUUGAAAAGGACUUAAAGGAACUAAAAGUGGACACUUUAGAAAUUAGUCAAUCAGAUCCAAUAUCAGUUAUACCACCCUGGAUUCUACCAGAAGCUAUAGUAGAUUUAUCAAUAAUGGCAAAGAAACAGGAAAAAUCACAUGUAAUAGAUAGGUUUGCAGUGCAAUUGCAUUUAAAUAGUUAUUAUGGACAUGUUCAAAUUUAUACAGAUGCAUCAAAAAUUGACGGAAGAAUAGGAAUAGCAUUUACAAUCCCAGAAUUCAAUGUGAAUAUAGGGAAGCGAGUCACGGAUAGGUUAUCAAUUUAUACAGGAGAAUUGUUAGCAAUACUUUUGGCAUUACAAUGGAUAGAGGAUGUAAAACCAUUGCAAGCAAUAAUUUGCUCAGAUUCAAGUUCAGCUUUGAUAAGUAUAAAAUAUAAUAACACAGAUAGUAGGAUGGAUAUCUUAUUAGAAAUAUAUCAUACUCUGUUUAGAAUACAAAAUAUGGGGUUAGUAGUGAUAUUUGUGUGGGUUCCAGCACAUAUAGGGUUAGUAGGAAAUGAGAAGGCUGAUAAAACGGCAAAGAAGGCAACACAUAAUCCUAUUAGUUUCACAGUUAGGAUGAGUAACUCUGAAGGGAAAAGUAAAGUCAAAGAAGAACUGAAGAAAAUAUGGCAGAGAAGGUGGGACGAAGGAUUAACAGGAAGGUGGUUUUAUAAAAUUCAGAAGGCUGUGGGAAGGAAAAGAAGAGGAAGAAGAAGUAGGAAGGAGGAAAGAAUAAUAACAAGGUUAAGGUUCGGUCAUACAGGGCUUAAUUAUUCGCUUUUUAAAAUACAGAAGCAUAAAAAUGGAAAAUGUGAGUAUUGUGAGAAGUUUGAAACAAUAGAACAUGUUAUUUUAGAGUGUUGUAAAUAUGAAGAAGAGAGAAGAUGCAUGUUGAAGGAGUGCGAAGGUAGUAAAGAAAAGUUUAAUUUAAUAGAAUUUGUGAGGAGAGAUCUGGGAAGUAGACAUAUUCAAAUAAUUAUUCGGUAUCUUAAAAAAACAAAGUUAUUCCAUAGAAUCUGAGUAGAGAAAGAUAUAUAACUAUAUGCAAGUUAGGGAAUUUUUGAGGA